UGGAACCAACCGACUGCUCCCCGAUCAGAGCUCAUCCAGCUCUUCCUCUGCCCUCUAACCAUACAACACUAGAAAAAUGGCCUGCUUCGUUUAGCAUAUGACAGCAUGUCGAUGCUGGCGUAUGCAUGAGACUACUUCCGCUAAUUCUAAAACAGUGAGUGGUAGCUGAUACCCGCUGUCACUUCCCCGACUCCUAUAUCCCUCCACCUCUUCCUCCACCGCCCACAUGGUGACGCUGCGACCCUCGCCAUGCAAUCGGACAUACAGGUCUUUGUGAAGUGGAAAGACCAGACUAUAUUUGCAGGGGAAGAUGUGGAAUGUAUAAUCACAUUCAAGAACGUGGCAGAGACAGACGUGGAGACAAACAAUGGAGGGCAGGUUUCCCAUCAGCGAAAGCAGUCCCGCGCUGGCAAUGCGCAGGCCUCUAACUCCGACUCCUACUUCUCAUUGAAAGCUCCUCAAAAUUCAUUGUUUAGUCCUCACCGCCGCUCCUUUCCCGUUGCGCCCAGGAAGAGUUCUUCGCAUCGAGUAUCCUCGUCGUUGAGCUCUCCGUUGAUCGGCUCGCACAGCUUUCCUCCUCCCACCCCGCGAAAUAACCAAAACCCCGGGCACCAGCACAAGCGCUCCGUGUCUAUACUGUCAAUUGAAAGCGAAGGAACUGGGGAUAAAACCCCGAGGUCAUCGUUCCAGUUCAAUCGUUCCCGGCCGGGGAAGGGUCAUGGUCGUUCUGCGAGCUUGCAAGUCGUACCUAGAAGGUAUGAGGGGUAUGAAGAUGGCUUCGCAAAAGCUGGGCGAAAUACCGUCCGUGGCAUUGCCUCAGAGGCUGGCACCAACCAACUCCCGGGUAAUCUGAGGCCAGACGUGGAUGGGCCAAGCAGGGUCAGUCGCUCCGGAUCCAACGGGCAGAGACCCAUUCAGCCUUUAGGGUCACCGCGUACACCUGGACGCAGGCCUCAACUGCCGCCUAUGGAUUUCAAAUUCCCGCCUGCUCCCACAUCCGAUCCUAGCAAUCGCCCGGCUCUUUCUCCUGCGGCAACAUCCAUUGAUGAGAAUCCUGGCUCCGUGUCGACUGGACGAUCAAAUGGGAAGGAAAGUCCAGCAAUGCCUGCACCUGGUCACCUACCCCAGCUUACACGAAUAAUCUCGACAUCCAGCCUGAGCGGAAGUCAUCGGAGUAGCGGCGAGUUCUACUCCGCCAGCGACAACUCCUCAGAGACACUUCAAUCCGAAUACACGAAUUACUCUGCAAAUACACAACGCCCGAGCGGCCCUCGUCACGCGCGUCAUUUCUCGAGUGUGGAUACGGGGCCGAGACUAUCCAACGGCCAAACUCUCCUCAUGGGCUAUGCCCAAGUCAGCGCAUCCUUUACCGUCGAUGGCUCGUUAAUCAAUCAAGCAGCGUUUGAAGAAGUCAAACGAAAAGGGGUCGUUGGCAGUCAAGGUAAUGCAGCUGGUACGCUAAGUGGUGGAUCCGCCUCCAUCAGCGACAAAAGCCGUAAAGGUGGAGGGUUCUGGGGUGCUUUCAAGUGGAAUGCGAUAGAGGAGUCCAUAAGCGGUCUUCUAUCCAACAAUGAACUCGAUGGUCUUCGUGAUAUGCGUGGCGUUACUUCGUCACGAUCGAUACCUUUGUUGUCCACCCCGCAGUCCCUUCUUUUUGUGGAUCUGCGACUAGCACCAGGAGAAGAACAGUCCUAUUCUUUCUCCUUCACUCUUCCCAAGGGACUCCCUGCGAGUCACAAGGGCAAAGCUAUCAAGAUAUCAUAUAAUCUAGUCAUAGGUACUCAAAGGCCGAGUGGGUCUAACGAACCCCAGCGCGUGAAUCGCAUCACCAUCCCCUUCCGUGUCUUCAGCGGAGUGAACAGUCAAGGAGAGAUCCUCGGACAUAACCUGAUGAGCCCUUAUGUACUUCUUCGAGACGAAGCCAGGGUCCAGAAAAUAGGCACUACACCGCCGCCGCCAGUGUCUAAGAAUAAGAGCAUUAGCGGGCACGUAUGGACGUCAGCACCAGAAUUUCUUUCCUACGUAGAUGAACUCCUCGAGCAACAAUCUCGCAAAAAUCUACUGCAGCCACCAGACCUUGUCAACGCAAGACGUUCCUCAAGCUAUGAACCGUUGGCCGGCCCGCUUUCCUGCAAAGACGCAAUUGACUUGGCCAUCCUGCGAAGCAAUCAAGCAAUCAGCACAGCGCGCAGCCCAACCGCACAUCGACUGGGCGAAACCAUCACCGCCACAGUUGAUUUCACGGAUGUCGCACUUCCAUGCUACGCCCUGCGGGCCACACUGGAGUCGUUCGAGAAGGUCGCAUCCUCACUGGCAGUUCGGUCAAACGCUAGCAUCCACCGAGCCACACGGCGUGUGCAUGCGUCCUUCUUCGAGAAUACGCUGUAUUCCACUCGAGUUGUUUUCAGUCCUGCGGUUCCCGUCUCCGCAACACCGACUAUCAUCACCACCGGAGUCAACCAUGAAUGGGAGCUACGGUUCGAGUUUGUGACUACCAGCUUGCACCAUGAGCUGAGGACAGGCCUCUCUGGUGCUAGGCUGCUUGAAGUGGUUUCCGAGGACGACCGUGGGCAGGUUAUGUCAGGCCUGGAGAACCUCGGCUGUGAGUCCUUUGAGAUCGCAAUCCCCUUCACGGUAUACGGGGAAACUGUUCGGGAAAGGCUCCCGGAAGAGAACGAGGGUUAUUCUAUCUAGAGGCAUAUGUACUUCUUGCAUGAGCGUUGAUCAUACCCCAUUGCGCUUCAAAUGAAUCGGAUUAAUUCCCCCCAUGGUCUUCUUGGAUACUCGUAUUGUAG